AAGAGAGCGACGCUCUUCAUCAUCCGCAGUCUUCCAUAUGAGGACAUCAUCACUUUACAGGCUGUGUGUGUUUAUGAAGCUGCUUGGAGACCAAAAACAUGUUUACGUGACCGACAAAGAGAGUUUUCCCCAGACUUUGAACAAGUGGAACCAGCCAGUUCUGGAGAGACUGCAGCAGGGUCACGGCAGAGGACGGCCAGGUCCCAGGCGACCGAGCAGAAGACAGACCAGCGGCCGGAGGUGGCCGAGUUCAGAGUCCCCAAACCCGAGGCAGUGUGGCGGGAAUGAGCCCCGAUGUCCAGAAGCACCGACAGACAACAAAAAAGCAGAAUUUCCCAAAGUGAACUUGGUGGAAAGGUAAGCUAACCAGUGUUGGGCAAGUUAUUUUGAAAAAGUAGUUGUAUUUACUUCUUUCAUUUCACCUUUAGAAACUAUUUAACUAUUUAUCUUGUCUUGUUUGGUAUCAUUCUUUUCAGGACAAACGCACAUAUCUGAAUUUACAGUUAGUUUUUCCAUUUUGACAUACUGUAUUAACACAAUUGCUAUAAAGUCAGACUGAACACACAAAAUCAGAAUAGAAAAAAGGUAUUUUUACUGUAACAACCACAAACAUGUUUUAAGAGUCAUUUUCAUAACAUGAAAUGCAAAUAUAAAUUGUAAAUUUUAAAAACGUAUACCUAUAAAAACCUUUUAUAACCAUUCAAACUAUUUACAGAACAAUCAAGCGUUCUGCAUCACUAAGAUGCCACAGAAAUUAUUUGUGUCACUCCAAAAAAUAAUUUCUGUCCACUAUACGACAGAGGAGCACUUGACAGCAGGUGGUGUAUCACUCGUACUGUUUCCCACCUUGAGCCAGCGUUUACACUGUAAUCUGUCUUGGUGGCUUUUUGGCAGCAACAGUGACAUUCAACAGUCGCCUCAUUGUUCUGACACACAAAACAAAAUGAUCGUCUUCUCAACCCACUAACUACACACUCCAAAGAUGCGACGUGUCACAAAUCUCUCACAUCUCAAAACACACUCUCUCGCUUUCUUUGUUUUUUCCUUUUUUGGUGGCAAGAUUUCUCGCAAGCGCUUUUUUUUUUCUUUUUUUUUUUAGAAAACAGUUUUUCCCUUUUCUUUAGUAGACAUAACCAUAGUAUUCAGAAAAACACAUCACAUAAUUUUUUUUUAAAAUCAUAACUCUGGUUUUAUCAACACAAUUUAAAAACUGGAAUGUUUUUUAAAGUCCCCACUUUUAACACAAAAUAGACACUCAGGCUUGUCUUGGGUUGACAUAGCAUCUUGUUGCUAUGUCAUCUUAAACUGGUCAUGUGAUUGGUUUGCCAUGACUACUUUAUUCUUCCUCAGCCAAUCAGCAGCACUUGUGUGCUGCCAGUAAGCUGUCUACUGGGAGCUGAUUUUUUAUUUUUUUUUUUAUUUAUUUUUUUUUUUUUAAAACCUGCUGAGCUGCAACAUGAACAGAAAUGCCAGUGUGUAAUGUAAUAUAUAUAUAUAAUUUUUUUUUUUUUUAAUACCAUUAUUCCUAUCACUGAAGCUAACCUUGACUCUAAUGGCAAUAAUGGAAUCAAUACUGUAGAUAUUUGGAUCAAUCUGCCCACUUCCAGGCUGCACAAAGGCCCAGGAUAACAUAACUGAGGAUAUUUGGACUGUGAGUCAUGCAAAAUCAUGCACAGUAGGGCUCCUUUAAAAGGUACAGGUACAUUUUAGUGACCUGCACAAAAAUCCUAAAUUUCUGAGGCCUCACUCUGUUUUCUGCUCAUCUUUUCUCCGGGUUGCCGUCUGAGAUUCUGCUCAAGAUUCUGUCGUAUCUGGACGUGUCCUCGCUGUUCUGCAUCAGCCACGUCAGCAAGCUCUUCUACCAGCUCACCAAUGACAACGUCUUGUGGUACAGGAUCUACAUGUCAGAGUUUGGGUGGAAGCCAAAAGCGGCGGGCAACGUGGCGGUGAAGAUGGAGCCAGCGGAGGAUCGAUCGACGGGCUGCUGGAAGUGGAUGUACUUCAGGACGAUAACUGGGCGAGAGAUGAACAAGUGGAGAGGAGAGCUGAGAGACAUCGGCCCAUUCACCGGCCUGCCCCAGCAGACUGAGUGGGUGCUCAGGAACCUGAAUGUGAGCUGGGAGCUGAUGCUGCACACUCACCGGGGUCAGGUGGUUGUGCUGGAGCAGAGCCGAGGGUACUACUUCGAGUCCUCCAUGAUCGUCCACUGGAGCGGAGGCCGCCUUCCGUCCUACCAACACAUCAACAGCAUCCAGCUCUACGGAGUCAGGAAGGAGAAGCUGGCCUGGCGCUCUCUGAUCUUAAACCUGGAUAUGGAGACCCAUCCGUAUGAGCUCAUCGGCAGAGACGGACAGAUCAGGCUUGCGUGUCUGUCGCCGGGAGUCGUCAUCGGCUUCUUGAGGGGUCGGGGCAACGUAGCCUUCAUCAUGAUCAGCCUGCACUUCCACAGGCUGGUGGAGAAGAUUCUGCUGGGAUCUCCAGUCUGCCCAUAUUCCGAACCUUUGGACCCGCCCCCCGUGGACGACUCUGACCCUAAAUUUGGUCUCCACGGCUACACUCUGCACUUCGUCCUGCACAAUACCAGGACACAGAUCAUGUCGGGACACUUUUGCCGGCUCUCCUGCAGCACAAUUCAACAGGGUCUUGCUGAGAUGAAGGUCAUCAGCAGGACUAACGUGUCCCAGCACCGAUCGCUGUCUGGAAGCAUCCAUCUGCCCUGGAAGAGGGAGAAACUGGAAGGCUCGGUAGAGAACUGCUGCGUCAUGACGUUGACCCUGCUGGACGAGUUCCAGAAACCCUUCUGGUGCGUCAGCACCCCGGUUACCAUCUCCAUGGUGAAGAAGUCGCAGUCGUUGGGCUACAGCGGCACAGACUUCCUGAUGGUGUACCGCAGCUCUGAGGGGCAGGUGAAGAUGAAGCUGGUCUGGCUGAAAGAGCAGCAGCAGUUCUUCCUCGUCGGCCUCACGCUCUACGUCUCCAUCCUCAAAGUCAAUGCUCACUUCAGCACAAAGUACAAAAGCUGAACUGGUCCAGUUUCACAUGUUUGUCUGUUUUGAAUCAAAAGGUAAAAGUUGAAUUUUAAUUUCAGAGAAGAGAUUCUGGUGUUAAUUUUAUUCAUUGAGACUGUGUGAGUGCUUUUGUUCUGGCCUAUGGUUUGACGCACAGUCACGUGACAGGAUCUCAUGUAUAGAAUAAACUGCAUUUAUUUCAGUGGAAUUGUUUUGUUUUUUUUCAUUUUUGAGAAGCACUU